GGUAUGUGUCUACAUCUAGAGCUUGAAGGUAUAGAGAGGGGACACGUUACAGAGGUACGUGUCCAACGGUGCUGAGUGGCCUACGGUGGACGGAGUGAGCCCAAGAUGGUCGAGGUGACCCGGGGUGGCCGAAAUGACCCCAAGGUGACACGAGGUGAUUGACUCAAGGGUGGCUGAAAUGACCUCAAGGUUACGCGGGGUGAUAGACCCUGGGGUGGCCGAGGUGACCCAAGGUUAUUGACCCCGGGGUGGCCGAAAUAACCUUAUUGCCCUCUUUCUCGCCGUUUUUUGUGACUCCACCAAACUUCCGAGGCCUUCUUCUUCAAUAUAGCGAUUGUGGAUUUUAAUUGGCAAUUUGGGAAAUAAGGCCCCCUUCUCCAAUCAUAUUGUUAAGUGACACCAUUAAAAAGAUGGAUGAAAGUGGCUAUUUUGUGUAUUUUGAAAGUUGUGGCUAUAACUGUAAAAAAUGUGAAAGUUGUGGCUAUGAAAGAGUACUUUGUUUUUUCUUUAUUAAUCGUUGUGGAUCGCCAACUCAACAUCUUCGUCAGUCCAGUCAUACUGUUAAGUGACACCAUUUAAGAGAUCGAUGGAAGUGACUAUUUUGUGUAUUUAGAAAAUUAUAGCUACAAGUGUCACACCGUGAAAAUUUGAAAGUGUAUUUUGCCUAAUAUUUGUAAAAAAAAAACAAAUAAAACAAAAUAACGGGGGUGAUAUAUGCGAUGAUAUAUAGCCAUAUAGGAGUCGUCAAGACCUAGGUCAGGAGUGCGAUAGUGUUCGAGUGUUGGAAAGAAUUAGUAAGGGUUUCAUUUCAUAUCAUUCAAAGGGUUGUCUUCGUGCUCCGUCAGGGACGGCUUCCUCCUGUUCGUACGCCCCUUAAUCUUCUUCCAUCUUUGCCAUUUCCAGAGUAUCGUUUCAUAAAUCAUCACCGCCCAUCUCGAUUGUUGCUUUCUUUCUGGGGAGAUAAAGUGAAGAACGCGUAAGUUGGAAGUCCUUCAAUCCAGAACCCCAGAGGUAACUUCCUUUUCCUUGCAUAGUUUAGUUGUCUCCUGCUAUUAUCCUUGCAGUCCAUUGGCGCUUAUUCUCGAUCGGCGAGGUCCUGUAUUGAGAUUGCUGCUUUUGAGCUUUGUCUUAUUGAACUGUCUGUGAUUGACUUAUCUGGGAGACCUCUAAAAGCCAUCGAAACGAACCCCUCUUUAAUUCCGAACUUCCCCUCCUCUUGGCUGGCUCUCUAUCCUUACCUUAUAUUUUCCUCGGUUAGCUUGUUCUCUUUCUUCCCGUCUAUUUACUCCUGUUUGGUAAUUUCCGGCUGCCUCCUGAGCCCUGAGCAAGGGGAACUCCGCCUGUAUCGGUUAAACUGAAGCAAGAAAAACCCCAGUGAGUUUCUGGUUCCACAUUUAGUUUUGAUCAAUUUCAUGGCCGUUUACGUCACUGGGAAUCUAAUUGCUUUGGCUUUCACUUAUUGAACGCUUUGAAAGGUGUAACUUGGUGGUGGUGCGGGGGUUGGAAGUUGAUUUUCUUCCUUGUAUUCUAAUUAACUCCAAUACCCAGGGGGUGUCUUGUGGCUUGUUUUCUAUUUUUGUUUUAAUGAGGGCGGUGGAGCGGGGAAAAUGGUGUCUUGAGGCUUGUUUAAGUCAAUCAGAUUUUUUAUGACCGAAAUUCAGAAAUGUUUGAUGUUGGAAUUGCUCUGGUAUUUGCAGAGAUUGGCCAGGAGGGAUUUAUCAAUCUGGUGACGUCCUGCUAUUGGGAAAUAUAGAAGCUUGGGAAGGUUUGGUCAAAUUGGAUAUGGCAGGUCAAGGAGUGGCGGUAAUGGACCCUGCGGUGCUAGACGACUUAAUUAAACGGUUGACAGAGGUCCGAUCAGCCAGACCUGGCAGGAGGGUCCAGCUCUCCGAGGCUGAGAUUAAGCAGCUCUGUCUUGCCUCUCGUGAGGUCUUCCUUCAGCAGCCCAAUUUGCUCGAGCUAGAGGCUCCCAUUAAGAUUUGCGGUGAUAUUCAUGGGCAAUACAGUGAUUUGUUGCGGCUUUUCGAGUAUGGAGGUUUUCCACCUGAGGCCAACUAUUUAUUCUUAGGAGACUAUGUUGAUCGUGGCAAACAAAGCUUGGAGACUAUAUGCCUCUUGCUUGCCUACAAGAUUAAAUACCCAGAGAACUUUUUCCUUCUGAGAGGAAAUCAUGAAUGUGCUUCUAUAAACCGCAUAUAUGGGUUCUAUGAUGAAUGCAAAAGACGUUUCAAUGUGAGGCUUUGGAAAUCUUUUACUGACGCUUUUAAUUGCCUUCCCGUCGCGGCUCUUAUAGAUGACAAGAUAUUAUGCAUGCAUGGUGGUCUUUCUCCUGAUUUGACACAUUUAGAUCAAAUCAGAAUCUUGCCUCGCCCAACUGCUCUUCCGGACACUGGUUUGCUGUGUGAUUUGUUAUGGUCAGACCCUGCUAGAGAUGUGAAAGGGUGGGGAAUGAAUGACAGAGGGGUUUCAUAUACCUUCGGCCCUGAUAAGGUAUCUGAGUUCUUGAACAAGCAUGAUUUGGACCUUGUCUGCCGUGCACAUCAGGUUGUAGAGGAUGGAUAUGAGUUCUUUGCUGAAAGGCAACUUGUGACCAUAUUCUCAGCUCCCAAUUAUUGUGGGGAAUUCGAUAAUGCUGGUGCGAUGAUGAGUGUCGAUGAAGACCUGAUGUGCUCCUUUCAGAUUUUGAAACCUGCAUGAUGUCAAACAAAAUAUGACGGUGGGCUGAAACUGGAACACUUGGUCUUGAGCCUUGAUGGAGGUCAGCUAUACACUUGUCUCAUUUGAUUCAUCUAAUUAUUUAUACCUUGUUCUCGUUUACCGUUGGGUAGUGGUAUUCUUUCUUUCUCGCAAUGAGUGAUAUAUGGGGUUUGUUUUCCGUGUGCAUACAAGUGGUGAUAGUUGAAUUCCCCUGUCUGGUUCGUUCGUUGAAUUGCUUUAUAUUUAUUUGUUGCACACCAGGCCAUUUUUCAAUAUGAAUGGACGUAUGGGGACUUGGAAUAAUUGUUUAUCUUAUAUCUUCGUCAACAUAUAUUACUAUGCAACGGGUCGAUUUCAGAACUCGUACACAAAAAGGUGUUCUGCCGUUUAUUUUCUAGUAUUAUGAAGACAACAAUGUGGACCAUUCACAUCUCGAUUUAUAGCACGCUGAUCGAGUAAAUUGGGUCUAAGAGUCACUUUUUCAGGAUCUCAGAAUUUCCUGAUCAUUCUCAAGACACUUCAAACUGUAUACCUGUUUGGGCCUGCCACACACAGUAGCCAAAUGUUAAUAGUGUAGGAUGCCAGUUAGUGAAUAAUAUCUGCAACAUUGGUGUUUUCUACUAUGCGCGCACUUUACUAUAGCAGUCGAGGUGCCAGUCGGCGAAUAAUAUCUGCCGAUUGGGUUUCAUCCCACGACCUGUUACUGCUUCCUCAGCAGAGCCUUGCCUUAUUUCUCAAUACCUCUAAACUUUGCAGGGUAGGGGUAGUAGUUGAAGUUGAAAUGGCUGUGGUAUGUGUCAGUUCAGUUCAGACCAGACCAGAUGAAAUAAGUACCAAGGCCAGGAUGUGCAAUCACCAACUUAGUUUGGUACGCCAAGCAAGGGAGGGACAGUUCUCCAUUUUCGAGUAUCUUUCGGGUUGUACAUAUCUACAGGCUGCUAAUUGAAAUCAAUUUUUUUUUGCUGUACACGAAGGGGUGAGGGGUCUGUCUGCAGUCCGUGGCUUAGCCACCUUUGAAGUUGCUAAUUUCUUAUGUUUUUCUGCUGUAGAUCCUGUGACUUCUGUGUUGUUUCUACGUCUUGUUGGCAUUUGUUAAUCUUUCUCAGUCUGGCAUGAAGAUGACUAUUUGUUGAGCCAGCCGUUCACUGUUUUGCUGCAGGUGCCAUCCAGCAGCUUCUAACUCCCAUUGGUGACCCCGACGGCUGCUGUGUAGACUUUUUUCCCUCUUAAUUUGUGCUUUCGAUUAGUCUGUAAUCUUAUUGUAUUGUGCCAUUUUGUUGUUCUCAGAAGUGGUAUUAAUCUUAAGUAGGGAUUGUUUGGUUGAUUUCUACUGGUGGACAAAAGACAAUUCUAUUAGUAAUUGUGGAUGUGGAUAAUCGUAUUCACAAGCGGCAAGAGUCUAAACAACAAACUUCAAAUCACUGUUUUAUCAAUCAAAUAAGAGGGCUUUGAGGACUAUCCUACGCAAAUCAAGAAAUAACAAAAACUAACUAGUGGGAGAAUCAUUUACAGCAUGUUUGGAUACAAUUCCGUAACAAAUGGAAAUGGAAAUGAAAUUCCAUUUUUUAUUUUUAUAGAAUUUCAUCUCCUAUUGUAGUGUUUGGUAUAAUUCAGGGUUGUCACGUCGGUGGCAUGCCACCUGGUGCAACCUGUGUCGGUCAUGAAACCGGUAUGAUCGACUUAUGCAUUCUAAGCAAAAUGAUAUCGUUUUAAAGAAUUUAAUGAAUAAAAAAAUUAAUUUAUUAUUCAUUUUAUGAAUGUAAUAGUUAAAAGUUAAUGAUAUUUGUUGGAUUGUAACUAAAUUGCCCACAAAUAUGUUUUAUAUAUGAUUAAAUACAUUGGAUAUUAAUUGUUUUCACAUUUUUUUAAACCGGCAUGAACCGGCACAAGCAGGUUAUACCACCGGUCGUACCAUUCCACUUGACAAACCGGCACAACGGUAUAAACCGGUUUGACAACCUUGGUAUAAUUCCUACAACUAAAGAAAUGAAUUGCACUUUUAUUUUGGGAAAUGAAAUAUGAAUGAGAAAGAAAGAGAGUAAAAUGAUAUUGGGUCAAUAAAAUAAUAAAAAGUAUAAAUGGGUCCCAUUAAUUCAAUCUUCAUUCUCUCAAUUCCUAUCACUUUUGAAAGGAAUUGUAAUUCCCAAAUUUUAGAUCCAAUGGAAUUCAAUUCUCAAGCUUUUUAUUAUUCCAAACAUAUAUAUGGAAAUGGAAUUGGAAAUGGAAUUUAAAUUCCUUACUUUUUUUUGUCAAUCCAAACAGGCUGUUAGAGAAGGUAGUUGACCAGGCCUCGAGUCCCCUUUUGAUGUUAGCUUAGGUUUUCUUAUGUUUUAUUUUUAUAUGAAUGGUACAUGACAUUAAACGGAAAGUCGUUCACCAAUUGCGGUUCGUCAUGAGUAGUAGGAGUGGGCAAACGGUUCGGCAAACUCGAACGGAACCGAAUUGAAACCGAACCGAAACGGAGUUAAUGUUAAUCGGUUCGGAAUUUGGAAGGAAAAUAUGGAUAGUUCGGAAACUAUGGUUCUUUCAACCGAACCUUAUUUCCGACCAAAAAAUUGAAAUACUGUAAUUGCAAGCUCCAAAUGGUGGAUUUUUAUGUUUGUAGUUGUUUUUAGACUUAAAUAUUUGAAAUGUUUUAUGACUUAUGUGUUGAAAAGUUUGAUUUUAUCAUUGUUGAUGCAUAUAAUUUCAUAUUUAUUGUUUAUAUUAGUGGUGAAAAAUAAUUUAAAAGUGAGAGCAUAUAAGUAGCUUCAUAAAUUCGGUUUUGUGUCAAAAACCGAACCAAACCGAUUUAUAAAUCGGUUUAAACUGACCAAACCGAAUUAUAAUUCGGUUCGAACCCAAGCUAAAUUGAAUCACAUAUGAAAUCGACCGAACCAAAUUAUAGUUGUGUAUGGGUUGAAAUUUGGUGGUGGAUUUGGUUGCAGUCGAAGAUCGGUUGAAAUGGGUCGAACUGAAUGAUCGAAUUUCGAAUUGAGUUUCGAAUUCAAUGUCACAGCUCUUCCCAAUGAAAGCUAAGCCCAACCCUUAUCUCAAUCCUCCUCCGCCCUCCUGAGAUACUCUUUCCCUUCUUCCACCUCUCGUCGUUGCUAUUGAUAUCGUUUUUCUCCCUGAUACGAAAGCAAACCCCUAAUACUAAAUUGUAGUAAGAACUAAUAUCCUUGUGAACUAGCCUUUUCUCCUAUCCUCUUCCAAUUCAUCUCCUGUCAAGCAACGCUUCCAUGUCGUCGGGCGCCGCCGACUAGUUUGAAGAAACUUUCUAUUCAUGCACUACCACACGCUUACUCUUCGAGAGUUAGGUCGUCGUCUUCUUCUUCUUCUGCAAGAUAGUAGAGAAAGUGAUGAGCUAAGAAAAGGAAAAAGAAGGAUUGGACUUACCCAAUGCUAGAGGGUUAAAGAUUUCUUUUCCAAAGGGUGAAUGAAGCAACUAAAAGGAACAGAGAAUCAUCUCACCAUGGGUUUUUCUUCCAUCUUGUUUGUAUUUCCCUUCCUAGCUAUGGAGUAGUUUCCCAUUUCACUUGGAUAUUGGAAACACUAGUCUAGGAUGUGUUAGAUUGUAAGAGUUAAAUUCUAAGUGUGUUGGGUUAGUGAUUAAUAUAAUGUUUGAGGUAGUUUUCAUGAAUCUUGGGUGUUGUUUAUCAAUUAUCAUAUCUUAGUGUUGGGUCAAUUGACCUAGAAGGAGAAAAUCCCAUUAUAGCUACAUCUUUGUAAUUCGGGUAACCCCUUCUAGGGCAAUUCAGGACAAACCUCAAACAUCCGAUUAAUGACGUGAUUUCUUCGUGAUUGGUUGCUUUACGACAUUCCAGAUUAACUUCCGAGGGAUUGGUUUUGCAAUCCUUAGUUGAUUGAUUGAGAGAGCUAGGUUUUCUAGCUUAUCGUGAUAAUCCUUAGUUGAUCGACUAAGAGAGUUGGGGUUUCCUAACUAAUUGCAUCCUCCUCACGGUAUAUAAUCACUCUUCACACUAGAGUUCCAUUCGUUAAAUCGUAACAUGAGACUAGGGGCAACAAUGGUGAAGAUUUCUCAAAUCGAAUUCACCAUAACUUACUUCGCUUGCUUGUUUAAUUGUAGUUACUUUACCUCUCACAACAAACCUUUUGCUAGAUAAUAUAUAAAAGAAUGAAGUAGGGGUACAUAGACCGCCUCUGGUUGAUAUUAAACCACUUCUCUAUCCUACACCCGACUAUAUGCACUUGGCCUAUAGUUGGGAAUUGUGUAGUUAGGAACGAGUCACUGCCGGCAUGACUUUCCAUCUCCCUUUAUCGCCAACACUCUAUGGUUCAGAAUGUCUGGUCAAACUCGAACUGAAUCAACAUUUUUUUUUCUU